AUGCCGCUGGAAAAGGAGAAUCCAGAUCAACAAUCCACAGAGAGGUUUUUCCGUCUUCACCUUCCCCAGAGCCAUUGCUGCAGAUACGGACGUGAUGCUGGCCCAGAGGGACCCGCUGGUCUCCAGGGUCCCCCCGUCCUGCCUUCUGCAGCGCUGGAGAGCAGCAGCCUGAACCAAGAUAGUCCCGAAGACGAAGUCACCAUGGCACCUCCAAAGCCCGCGCAGUCUGGGGAAGAGCUGGGGGAGCCGGAACUGGAAGGGACGGUCCCCUCCUCACACCGCCACCCCACGGACUUAUCGCCACUGCCCCCAGAGGUGGCUGGGACUACGCACACACUCGCCCCCAGGAAGAAGCUACCCUUGCUCAAGUCGGUGACCUCGGCCCGGAAGCCACCGAGACCCAAGGCCAAGUCCACUUCCGCCGACGCCGAUGUGCACCCCGUAGCAUCCGCGGAUCCCGGUCUCCACUCCUCCUCCAUCAAGAAGCCCCACCCACCAGGGGAGACGGACGCGGGGGUCGCCUCCCAACCUUCCUCGGAAGGGCCCAUCUGGCUGCAGGGCAAGGAGGGCACGGUGCCCACGACGCCCGAGACGCUGCAGAUCUCCCCUUUCACCUCGCAGCCCUUGGUGGCACACACACUCCUGCAGAGGCCCGAGCCAGGGGACCCUGCCGCGCAAGCGCAGGAGGACGCCCCCGAGGCGCCGGCUGAGGAUGCCAGCCCCGGGACCUUGAUGGACAAGGGCGACAACGAGCUGACUGGGUCGGCCUCAGAGGAGAGCCAAGAGACCACCACGUCCACCAUCAUCACCACCACGGUCAUCACCACCGAGCAGGCCCCAGCUCUGUGCAGCGUGAGCUUCUCCAACCCUGAGGGAUACAUCGACUCCAGCGAUUACCCACCGAUGCCCUUCAACAACUUCCUGGAGUGCACAUACAACGUGACGGUCUACACUGGCUACGGGGUGGAGCUCCAGGUGAAGAGCGUGAACCUGUCAGAGGGGGAGCUGCUCUCCAUCCGCGGGGUGGACGGCCCCGCGCUGACCGUGCUGGCCAACCAGACGCUGCUGGUGGAGGGGCAGGUGAUCCGCAGCCCCACCAACACCAUCUCCGUCUACUUCCGGACCUUCCAGGAUGACGGCCUCGGCACCUUCCAGCUGCACUACCAGGCUUUCAAGCUGAGCUGCAGUUUUCCCCGCCGGCCGGACUCCGGGGACGUCACAGUGAUGGACCUGCACUCGGGCGGGGUGGCCCACUUCCACUGCCACCUGGGCUACGAGCUGCAGGGCGCCAAGACGCUGAUGUGCAUCAACGCAUCCAAACCCCACUGGAGCAGCCAGGAGCCCGUCUGCUCAGCCCCCUGUGGAGGAGCAGUGCACAACGCCACCAUCGGCCGGGUCCUGUCUCCCAGCCACCCUGGAAACAGCACCGGAAGCCAGCUCUGUGCGUGGACCAUCGAAGCACCCGAGGGACAGAAGCUGCACCUGCACUUUGAGCGGCUACUGCUGCAUGACAAGGACAGGAUGAUGGUGUACAGUGGGCAAACCAACAAGUCCACCCUCUUGUACGACUCCCUGCAGACCGAGAGCGUCCCCUUCGAGGGGCUGCUGAGCGACAGCAGCAGCAUCCACAUCGAGUUCACAUCCGGCCAGGGCCAGGCAGCCUCAGCCUUCAACAUCCGCUUUGAGGCCUUUGAGAAAGGCCACUGCUACGAGCCCUACAUCCAGAACGGGAACUUCACCACGUCCGACCUGACCUACAGCCUUGGCACGGUGGUGGAGUUCACCUGCGACCCCGGACACUCCCUGGAGCAGGGCCCGGCCAUCAUCGAGUGCGUCAACGUGCGCGACCCCUACUGGAACGACACGGAGCCCCUGUGCCGAGCCAUGUGUGGUGGAGAGCUCUCUGCUGUAGCCGGGGUGGUGCUGUCCCCAAACUGGCCGGAGCCCUACGUGGAAGGUGAAGACUGUGUCUGGAAGAUCCACGUAGGGGAGGAGAGGCGGAUCUUCCUAGAUAUCCAGUUCCUGAACCUGAGCAACAGCGACAUCCUGACCAUCUACGACGGCGACGAGGCCGUGCCCCACAUCCUGGGCCAGUACCUGGGGAGCAACGGCCCGCAAAAGCUGUACUCCUCCACUCCUGACCUGACCAUCCAGUUCCACUCGGACCCCGCCGGCCUCAUCUUCGGGAAGGGCCAGGGAUUCAUCAUGAACUACAUGGAGGUGUCGAGGAAUGACUCCUGCUCAGAUCUGCCUGAGAUCCAGAACGGCUGGAAGACCACGUCUCACACGGAGCUGGUGAGGGGAGCCAGAAUCACGUACCAGUGUGACCCCGGCUAUGACAUCGUGGGCAGCGACACCCUGACCUGCCAGUGGGACCUCAGUUGGAGCAGCGACCCCCCGUUCUGUGAGAAAAUUAUGUACUGCACCGACCCAGGAGAGGUGGACCACUCGACGCGCCUCAUCUCCGACCCGGUGCUGCUGGUGGGAACCACCAUCCAGUACACCUGCGACCCUGGCUUCGUGCUGGAAGGGAGCUCGCUGCUCACCUGCUACAGCCGCGAGACCGGGACGCCCAUCUGGACCUCGCGCCUGCCCCACUGCGUCUCGGAGGAGUCCUUGGCGUGCGACAACCCGGGGCUGCCUGAAAACGGGUACCAGAUCCUGUACAAGCGGCUGUACCUCCCAGGAGAGUCCCUCACCUUCAUGUGCUACGAAGGCUUCGAGCUCAUGGGCGAAGUGACCAUCCGCUGCAUCCUGGGGCAGCCGUCACACUGGAACGGGCCCCUGCCCGUCUGUAAAGUUAAUCAAGACAGCUUUGAACAUGCUCUAGAAGAAGCGGCAGCCCAGUCGUCGCUGGAAGGAGGAAACAUGGCCCUGGCCAUCUUCAUCCCCGUCCUCAUCAUCUCCUUGCUGCUGGGAGGAGCCUACAUCUACAUCACCAGGUGUCGCUACUACUCCAGUCUCCGUUUGCCCCUCAUGUACUCCCACCCCUACAGCCAGAUCACCGUGGAGACCGAGUUUGACAACCCUAUCUACGAGACCGGGGAGACCAGAGAGUAUGAGGUCUCUAUCUAAAGAGCGGCCCUGGAGGGGGGACUCACGGAUGUGAACUCAGUGACAACUUCCCCGAGACGUCUGUCCGGAGACCGCGUGGCGUUCCGUGGAAAGCGCAGUGCCUGCCGUCUUCGCAUUAGACUCUUGACUGGAGACUUCCUGUUUUCUUCACUGUAUUUAAUAUAUUUAAAACUGAAGUAGGUGUGGCUCGGCGUGGUGCAGUCGCAGCCAAGCCCAUUGGCAGCCUCCGUUCCCAAGGCGGGGGCGGGGGGUUACCUGCCAGACAGCGGACGGCGGCGGUGACCAGCCACAGGCCCGUCCUCUCCGCCAGCCGCAGCGGCGUGUGCUGAGGCUGCACCAAGCUGCACACACCUCCGGCACCCGCGCCCAGCUGUCAUUGGCACCGUCGCACUCCCAAGACAUCAAAAGGGCGUUUCUCGUGGUUGACAAGGGUUGGGAUUCAGCGUGGGUACUCGAGCCCAUUCCUGGUUUUGGUCUCAAACAUCUUCUGUGUCAUCUUUCCCUCUGUGACCGGCUUCUGAAAGGUCUCAGCCCUGUCUCCUCUGUCCCCCGGGCUUUCUGAAGGCAGCAAAGACGUCACCUAAACAUUCUCCUGUACCACCCCGGCCUCCCCAGAUGCUGCAAAGAUGAGAAGACGUUUUCUUUCUAGAAAGGUGAUCAAUGGCAAAGGAGAAUUUUCAGGGCAGGUGAGAGAUCUGAGGGUUCUGAUGAAAAACUGGGAGAAGGGGCACAUUGGGUGGGGAAUGGGCUUAAACGAGCAUCGUUUUCCUCGAAACACCCUCACUGAUGAAAGAGCCGGUCGUCUACACUGCGGGCGCCAGGACAGAUCACCUUGAUCGGCAGGGCCACCAUCCGGCAGGAGUGAUAAACCCACAGACUCAGGAGACACAGGCAGCUUGACCCAUACAGUUACAGGGCUUGUGUGGGGAGGCGGCAUGCUCCGAGUUCGGGGUGAGCUGUUUUCCUUCCGGGGUUCUGGGAUGUCUUGGCCUUCGACGCAGGAGCCGGCCAGGCUCACUGCUUCCCUAAAAGUGUUCCCUAAAGUCGGUAUCUCCCAGGCAGGGAAGGUUCUCGCAGGAAAAGUAAGGGGGCCCUACUUCCCCGUGCUCUGGAACUCCGGGUGUGGGGCGGCACCGUGGGUGCUGACUGUGGAGGUGCACAGAACGGAACCAGGGGCUGGAAUCGUAGCAGACCGUCCCACGGCCUCCACAUCACCCAAGCUGAGCGUCAGUGAGGACAGGAAGGGGAGCCUCGGGUCAAGAAAGGGAGUCAUCGCGGAACUCGAGCAUCUUGCGGUUUUAUCAGGGCCCUUUUGCCCCAGCCCAGUGGAACUGGUGAGCGUGCGGCUCCUUCAAAGAUUCUUUUCUAAAUGCAAGUGUUUUUUUAAAAAAAGGGCAGAGAGUGAAGGUACUCGGGGGCGAUUCGGCCCCCUGCGCUACGCCGGGAACGAGCGGUGAUCUCACGGCUCAGCCAGGCACCGGGUUUUGCCACCGCUCCUGCUCUCUAGAACUGCUUUAAAUCUGCUCAUUUUCAAACAAAGAAAGGACCGUGCCGCUCACCAGACCCUUAAAGAGAACGGUAAGGGGCCCACAUCUUUGUAGUUGCUUCGGGAACGUCUUGAGCAGGAGAGGAAACUGGUCUUCACACCCACACCCUCUGCCCAGCGACAGCUCCGACCUCACUCCUCGGCGUGCGUCUGCCAGACAAGAGGCCUGCUCAUCCGCUCCCGGAGGCGUAAGCAUUUACGGGCAGAGCAAGUGACAACUAAGCCUGCUUUCCAGGACCCCAAAGCUCACCCCGUUUCUGAAAGAACCAGAGACCAGGUGUCCAGCCCACUGGAAAGCGGUGUCACUUUGUCGAAAGGCAGCAGUCCCGAUAAGGUAACCUUGUUUUAAAAGGCAGAAAUCCAAGCCUCACUUUGAUUGCCGCUUGAUGCUCGUUCUAACCCUAACUCUCGAGUCGUCUGCAGUGAAGAGCUGUGUUAAUGACGUUUGAUUCUGGAACAUACCACGGUUGUGUGAAAACUAAACAUUUGCCCGUUGUAAAGACUGACAAGAUGCAAAGUCAUUCUCCUCACCUUGCUCCCUGAGAGCGGCCAGGUCAUGGCCCGGGUAUCCUUACAGACUGUCGGAUGGGUAGAGAAGACGGUGAUCUUUUCUGUUUUCUUUUCAGGAGACCAGUGCCCUAGCUCUGUCUUGUGGUGCCGCCCUGUAACUGUGCUUUCAAAGUGGGUUGUAGCCUAGAGUUGGGUCAUGCGCGGUCAGCAAUGUGCAGUGUGAUUGAAAAGACAGGUUGGUGUCUAUUUUUGCUUUUGAAAAUACCUAAAUGUGUAUUUGUAAUAUGUAAAGAUAAA